CAGGAGAUAAAGAUCCUUUUUUUAUGUGCGGAUUCUUUCAGAACACCAAGACCUCCCACCAAUUUGUAGACGCUAGUCGUAGAGUAACAAUAAAUGCCCCAAGGCACGAUACACAGAUAAAGUGUGAGCUGAGUGAACAUAAGGUCUCAAGCUCUUGCAGUCUUAAUAACUUUCUGGUUGAACAACUACAUCUACAAGGGAAAGGGUCAGCCUUCUGAAGUGUGAAAACUCAUUUUGAGAUUUUUUUUCGAAGAAAGUAAUGUCUAAAUUGAUGAAGAUCAAUAAAAUGCUCUUCAUCUUUUUAGAAGGUACAAUUAGGCUGAACUACCUCAAGGCUACUUGACCACGUAGCUUAAGAGGGCGCCUGACAUGACAUGACCAAAUGGGACGAAUCUUCAGAUCGUCUGGGCGAUCGCGAUGCAUCAGUAGCCGUUCGUGCGCGUCGCGCACCGCUGCUAAAGUCGCAUUCGGCACGGCGGUUGGUGUGUCUGCGGUUUCGUUCAAUACCACUGGUGAGGUUACAACGAAAAGGGCGAGACUCCAAGAUGAAGCUGAAGUCGCGAGCAUGGUCCAGAGCUUCGACAAAGCUGCCUACAUAUCCAAGCAUGGGGAAGAUCAAGUGAGGACUCACCUGAAAGCUCAUAAGAAAGAAGAGCCAGUCGACGAACGUGACUUCGAUGCGCAACUGGCAGCCACGAUACUUGAGCGAUUUGGUCAAGCGCGUAACCGCAUAGAAGAAGUAGUAAGAGCGUUUGGCCCUCGCAUGGAAUCGAAGACAAGCACAGAGGAACACAUGAAAGCCCUUUUCACUGCAAAGGAACACAUGAAAGCCCUUCUCACUGUUGUUAAGAGCUUUCGCGGUGAACUCAAGAAGAAGAUUGCUCGGGAAAGAGAAAAAAAGGAGAACGCGGAAAACACAAAAGCGCGUCUAAUCCGUGAUAAUAUAGUUGUAAGUGAAGCAGGAGUUCUUGCAGGAGGGACCAGCAGCCUGGACUUGGAGUCGCAAAAGCUCGUGAAAGUGCAGGACAUCAAGGUAGAAAUUAAGAAACUCGGAGUCGGAAGCGAAAUUCUCAAGCUUCAUAAUGUGCUUGUGAAGGUAAAUAUUCGCAUUGAGGAACUGUCCAACGAUACCGCCAAUUUGCGACGUCUUCUAAAUAGAUCUAGACGUCGUAGACGUGGAUCAUAGAUUCAAAUAUCUUUGGGAUGGAAGGGGAUGAGG